CUACCCAGAUCCCCACUUAACCUUGGAGCAUUUUUAUCACUUUCAUGAUUUUCAAUAUAUACACGAUGUUCGAUUGAGAGCACUCUCAGUCAUUUACGACGAUGUCGAGAUAGCCAGGAGUUGGCAGGAUCCUUGAAUGACGCAAGCUCAUCCAGGCCAACGUAAUAGUGGCGCUGACGCGUACAGCGUAUUUAAAUGCACAGGAGCCAACGGUACCAAAUAGUUUUGAUUCAUUACUUCAGCGCCCACCAGGUUCAAUUGUGGUCCAACGACAUCAAGACAGUUCAUUAUGCCAGUCACAGAAUUCGCAUCCCUCUCGUUGAUCCCCCCUAAUACACUCUCCGACCCGCAUGUAAUCGAUUUCUUCUCCAAGGUUUCUUCCUGGCAAUCAUCCUCUUCAGGUUAUCCGUUAACCUUCUUCACAAAUUCAGCAGAGCCUGCUGAGAUCUACCUCAUCACUGGAUGGGAUGACGUGCGCGCUCAUGAAAGAUGGAUAGCCAGCUCCAGAAAUCAGGAGCUUCUUCAAAUCGCGGAGGGGUUCCUCAACAUUAUCGGAAUGGUUCACUUGGACCUGGAUUUUAAUGAAUUCCCAGCGGGAGCCGAGUCACUGGUUUACGUGAGGUCCACUGGAGCCGCGAAGGGUCUAUCAGAUGAGGCAAAAGCAAAGAGUGUGACAUCAAUACGGUGUGGUUGGACUGGGAACGGGAGGGAUGUGCAAGAGAUUGGCACCAGGGUUUAUUAUUUCGCGGAAAGUGAUACCCAUUUAGAGGAUGGUGGAAAGGAGGACACAGCAGCAGUGCACGCAAGGACCCAUUUGAAGAGGGUGAAGUUCACUUAAUACAUCUUGCUUCAUUGUAUUUUCUGCCCUUCGUGUUAUUACUUGUACAAAUGUUAUAUAUGCUAUGUUAUGGUGAUGGUUUGUGAAAAAUAUACAUGUACUUGUUCAUUAACAAGG